AUGGGAAGCAUGUUAAUGAUGUUGGGACUGUGCGUCCUUCUCUUGUGCCCAUUUCCAGUUGCAUUCUCUGAGCAGUGCCACCCACAUGACAAGAAGGUGCUCCUCCAAUUCAAGAAGGAACUCAACAACCCUUAUUUCUUAGCUUCCUGGAACCCAAAGGAGGAUUGCUGCACCUGGUACUGCGUCGAGUGUGACGACACAACGAACCGCAUCUACAAGCUCUUUCUAGUGUCCUCUUUUCCAGACACCAAUCUCUCCGGCCAAAUACCACCCUCGGUUGGUGACCUCCCUUACCUCGAAGACCUCACCUUCCACAAGCUCCCCAACCUCGUCGGCCCAAUUCAGCCCACCAUCGCCAAACUCACCAAACUCAAAUAUCUCAUCAUCACCAACACUGGAAUCUCAGGACCAGUACCCGACUUCCUUGCACAGCUCAAGAACCUCGAAUUGAUCAAACUCUCCUUUAACAGCCUCUCCGGCACCAUUCCCACCUCACUUUCCCAGCUGCCUAAUCUCUCCUCCCUACAGUUGGACCGGAACAAACUCACGGGCCCGAUCCCGGCCUCUUUCGGAUCCUUCAAGAAGCCCGGGCCUGAUCUCAUCCUAUCUCACAACCAGCUUUCCGGGCCUAUUCCUUCUUCCUUGGGCAACUUAGACCCGGAAAGGAUAGACUUUUCAAGGAACAAGCUCGAAGGCGAUGCUUCCGUGCUUUUCGGGAGCAAGAAAACGACCCAGAUACUCGACCUUUCCAGGAACAAGUUCUCCUUUGAUCUCUCUCAUUUGACCUUUCCCAAGAAAAGCUUGAUCUGGUUGGAUCUCAAUCACAACAAGAUUUAUGGGAGCAUUCCAGCGGCGUUAACCAAAGUUGAAAACUUGCAGCAUUUCAACGUGAGCUACAAUCCUCAGUUAAGUGGUCAAAUCCCGCAGGGUGGGGAAUUGCAAAGAUUCGAUCAAUAUGCGUAUUUUCACACUAAGCUCUGUGGCUCUCCACUUCCGCCCUGCACCAAAUAA